AUGAGGCCGCCUGCCGAGCUCUGGGUCCUGCUGCUGUCUCUGCUGGCUCCGGGGGUCUUGUACGUCAUGAACAGCGUGACGGUGCUGCAGGAACCUCUGCCGAUCCUGGGAAUGGGGAUGGUCGUCCUGGGAUCACUGCUGCUUAUCCUCCUGCUUGUUGUCCAGCAUGAGAUCAAAGUGGAUCCUUUGUUCUAUGUUUUCGCAGAGUUUGCCUUUACCUGCAUGGUGGGCCUCACGAAUGCACUAGAACAGGACGGAUAUAUUUCAGGCUUCAUGGCUUUUUAUCUAAGAAUGGGGGAGCCCCACUUGAGUUCUGCCUAUGCCGUGAUGAUGUCCUAUUGGGAGGGCAUCGUUCACUUCAUCCUCUUCAUCACUAUCAUCCACCGCAUGUUUAAAGGGAAAUCUUACCAUAGCCUGGCAUUGUUAUGGGCCGGAUCUUCCAUCUCCCAUCAACUCGUCCAUAUUGUGGGAGUGCUCAUUGGUAAAUAUGGAUCUAACAUCAGACCUGCCUUUUGGAGGAAUACCCCCUUUUUCCUGGUGCCGUUUUGGGCUUCCUCUGUGCUCUUCAGCAGACCUAGAGAUAUGCCUAUUCUAACUGCAGAUAAGAUUGUAGCUGAACAGAAAAAAAGUCUGCUGUCUCGGCCUGUUGACCUGGUUCUGUCGCUUUUGUUACUGGGAGCUGUUGCCUUCACUGUGUUUAGAGGAUUUGUGGUCUUGGACUGUCCUUUCAAUGCCUGUUUUAACUACAUUUACCAAUAUGAGCCUUACCUCAAAGAUCCAGCGGGCUUCCCCAAGGUGAUGAUGCUGAUGUACCUGUUCUACGCUGUUCCGCUGAUGGUCGUUUUUAUUUACGGCCUGAUGACGCCCGGCUGCAGCUGGAUGUUGGACUGGACCAUCUUCUUCGCUGGUGCCAUGGCCCAGGCUCAGUGGUGCCACAUCGGAGCCUCGGUGCACUCGCGCACUCCCUUCACGUACCGCGUCCCCACAGACAAAUGGUGGCCUGUUAUUGCCCUGAACGUGCUGCUGGCUGUGGUGCCCUCGGUCCUGGCCCUGCGCUGCAUCACCAGUCCUGCUUAUUUUAUGAAACCUGUUCCUAAAGGACAAACCAGUACCGACAAGAAGAAGCAGUAG